GGCAAGAAAAAACUAUCUAACCGACCGUCGACGCGCAUAUUGAUAGUUUUUACAGCCGUCUGUAUCGAUUCGCUCUCUCAUCAUAAUAAACCUAUACGGCCAUACUUAAUAUUGAAACACAGAUUUAGGUACACCGUUUGAAGUUGAACAACGCUCGAGAGAUACGAAGUUUGCCGUGUUCAAGACGUGUCCACUGCACAUACCAAUACGUACCCAUGGUUCCAGUGCGGCAGUCGUCGAGUAUAGGUAGAUAAUUUCGAAUCAACCAACAGCUACAAGUCGCACAGGUGGGUGUACGAGAAACAAGAAUAAUUCUCACCUUUGCGCGACUCGUGCGUCGACGAUGAUGGGUUCGACCACAGACGUCGUGGCCGAGUACGAUGGUCUGCAGGGCGGCAAAUGGGUGUCGUUGACGUGCGACAGCGAUCGGUUCGACAUCGACGGCGGCCGCGUCCGUUGUCUGUACACGGUGGCCGAUUACGCGGCCGCGGUGGACGGGACGGCGGUGAUCGUCGUGCCGGCCGCGUUCCGUUGCGCGUCGCAGAUGGUCGCUCACGCCGUCCUGCCCGACGGCCGCGGUCGCGGACGCGUCGAGGUGACCGUCCGCCGUUGGGCCGUCCGGUGCUCCCGACCGUACAGGUUCGCGUACGUCGACGGCUGGCGCUACGAUGUGAUGACCGUCAGCGGCGCGUUCACGUUCGUCCACAGCAGCGGUGGACCGUGCGAUUGCGACGCCGAUUUUCGAAUGGAACAGCCGACGGCCGGGCCGCAGGCCAACGGUCGUCGCGCGGCCGACCACGCGAUGAGCGCGUUCGUCUCGGCACUGUUGGACACGCGGUCCAGCGCCUGUUCGCACUGUCCAGUCUGCAACGUGCCGUCCAAUCACCGACAGGUGUUGGACUACCUGACGACGAACAUCGAUCGGCUGUCCGACAUUCAUUCGGCCAUCGACAAGGAACACGUCAAGCAAGCUGAAUGUUUGAAAGAAUGCUCUUCAUUACUGGAUUACCAGUAUAUCAAAACAAAAAUGUUAAAUAGAGAAAUGGAAAACUGUAAUCGAUUUGCAGACGAUCUAUUAUCGAAUCUAUUAAAAAACCGCAAAGCUAUUUUCAAGACAGGCAUUCAUACAAUUUACGUUAAGAUGGACGAAACUUCCGAAAAAGAACUUUCUACCGAAGAAUUUUUCAUGAGCUCCAUUAUUAAUUCACAAAAACAAACGAUUGUGAAGUUGACGUCAAUUUACAAAGAAAUAACCAUUAUGAUGAAUACGAUGCAAUUGUUUGAAAAAAUAACGUAA